AUGCCAUCAGAUCCGGCAUCUUCGAGCACUGGUCGCCUCCCACCUCCUCGAGCCCCUGACCACCUCCUGCCUCUCCGAGCCCCUGAUCGCCCCGACCACCUCCUUGAGCCCCCGACCGCAUCCCAUCCUCUCGAGUCUUCGAUCGCCUCCCGCCUCCCUGAGCCCUCGAUUGCUAGCCCCCGGCUGCCUCCCGCCUUCCUGAGCCCUAGUCGCGAUCCUACUAAGGUAAGUGCAAACAUCUCUAGGCUCAAGCAAGGGCUUCAUGGAUUUCAUGUUCACGCUCUUGAUGACACCACCAAUGGUUGCAUGUCUAGUGGGCCGCAUGUUAAUCCUACUGGGAAGGAACAUGGGGCACCUGAAGAUGAGAUUCGCCAUGCUGGUGAUCUUGAAAAUGUGACUGCUAGCGAAGAUAGAACCGUUAAUUUUAGCAUUAUUGACAAGCAGAUUAUUUAUUGUGGACCAAAUUCUAUUAUUGGAAGGGUUGUUGUUGUCCAUGCCAAUCCUGAUGACCUCAGAAAAGGCAUUAACAUCGGAUGA